UCACCGUCCAACACCAUUAUCACGAAUCGUGCCUCUUCUUCUCGUACCCUUUUACUAUGUAAAUCCCACUCUCUCCUGAGACGAUCUCUGUCCGCCCGGCCCCGGCUCUAACACACUCUCUCUCUCUAACACUGACCCUCGGGCUGCCCCGUUCGACGGUGGAGAUGGCGGCGUCCUCGGAGUACCGGCCGCUCAGCGACAAGUCCCUGAUGGUGGACUACCUGAAGUCAACCCCCGCCCUCUCCUCGAAGCUCAAGGACCAGUUCGACGACCUCGAUGUCAGGGAAGUGGGCGACGGCAACCUCAACUACGUCUACAUCGUCGUCGGUCCCUCCGGUUCUUUCGUCAUCAAGCAGGCAAUUCCUUACGUUCGAUGCAUGGGGGAAUCAUGGCCGAUGACUAAAGAGAGAGCAUACUUCGAGGUGCUAGCACUGAAGGAGCAUGGCCACCUGUGCCCAGAUCAUGUUCCGGAAGUUUAUCACUUUGACCGGACCAUGUCUCUGAUUGGGAUGCGCUACCUAGAGCCGCCGCAUAUCAUCCUGAGAAAAGGGUUGAUUGCUGGAAUUGAGUACCCCUUGCUAGCGGAGCACAUGUCGGAGUAUAUGGCACAGACUCUUUUCCGCACAUCCCUUCUCUCUCACUCAACCACUGAUCACAAACGUGCUGUGGCGGAGUUUUGUGGGAAUGUGGAGCUAUGCAGGCUGACUGAGCAGGUCGUUUUCUCGGACCCUUACAAGGUUUCUGAAUACAACCACUGGACCACCCCUUAUCUUGAUUCUGAUGCCAAAGCAGUCAGGGAAGACAACUUCUUAAAGCUUGAAGUUGCCGAGUUGAAAUCAAUGUUCUGUGAAAGAGCUCAGGCACUAAUACAUGGAGACCUUCACACGGGUUCGGUCAUGGUUACUCAGGACUCCACUCAGGUCAUAGAUCCUGAAUUCGCAUUUUAUGGGCCAAUGGGUUUCGAUAUCGGAGCCUACAUUGGAAACUUGAUUUUAGCUUUCUUUUCACAAGAUGGACAUGCAAAGGAAGGGAAUGAUCGAAAAGUUUAUAAGGAGUGGAUCUUGCGUACAAUUGGAGAAACCUGGAAUCUGUUUCAAAUUAAGUUCGUUGCCCUCUGGAAUAAACACAAGGAGGGCUCUGGAGAGGCAUAUCUUCCGGCAAUUUAUAACAACAAUGAGGUUCUUCAGCUCGUGCAGAAGAAGUAUAUGAAUGACUUGUUCCGUGAUUCCCUUGGUUUCGGUUCUGCCAAAAUGAUCAGGAGGAUUGUGGGGGUGGCUCAUGUGGAGGAUUUUGAGUCGAUCAAAGAUGCUAGCAAACGCGCAGAUUGCGAGCGGCGGGCCCUUAACUUUGCGAAGAUGCUUAUGAAGGAGAGGCGAAAAUUCCAGUCGAUCGACGAAGUUGUGCUAGCGAUUCGGGAAGUACAGUAAGUUAAACAAACAGAGCUCCUGGAGGCCUUUUUGGUUUUUGCAGUUGGAAUGAAGUGUGGGGAUUUCUGCUACAAAUAUAUUUGAAGUUUUUGCCAUGGAAUAAUUUGCCCCUCCCUUGUAAAAAGAACAUACCAUGGUGUUCAUGAGUUUCUUGACACCAUGUGAUCAGUGGAAGUUCGAAUUUAUUACUGCAGCGGCAGAGUUGCAUCUUUGUCGGAA